AUGUCAUAUGAAACAUUCAACAAGUUGUCAACAGAUGAAACAUUCAACAAGUUGUCAACAGAUGAAACAUUCAACAAGUUGUCAACAGAUGGAACAUGCAACAAGUUGUCAACAGAUGAAACAUUCAACAAGUUGUCAACAGAUGGAACAUGCAACAAGUUGUCAACAGAUGAAACAUUCAACAAGUUGUCAACAUAUGGAACAUGCAACAAGUUGUCAACAGAUGGAACAUGCAACAAGUUGUCAACAUAUGAAACAUGCAACAAGUUGUCAACAUAUGGAACAUUCAACAAGUUGUCAACAGAUGGAACACGCAACAAGUUGUCAACAGAUGAAACACGCAACAAGUUGUCAACAGAUGGAACAUGCAACAAGUUGUCAACAUAUGAAACAUGCAACAAGUUGUCAACAUAUGGAACAUUCAACAAGUUGUCAACAGAUGAAACAUGCAACAAGUUGUCAACAUAUGGAACAUGCAACAAGUUGUCAACAGAUGAAACACGCAACAAGUUGUCAACAGAUGGAACAUGCAACAAGUUGUCAACAGAUGGAACAUGCAACAAGUUGUCAACAGAUGAAACAUUCAACAAGUUGUCAACAGAUGGAACAUUUGACCCAGUCAACUAUUAUUGUUCACUACUGUGGCCAUUCCACACAAAAGUGUAUGUAGCAUGA